AAGCUGAUGCUGUUUUGACGGUGUGUACUAAGUCCAUUUCCAUAUUUAUAAUUGACUGUCAACCUACACAAUUUCACCACAGACAAUGUCGCAAGGGACGGAAUAAGUAAUGCCAUUGCCGUUUGAUUCUGAAUGGCAAUUGUGAUCGAUUUGUAUGUAAUUAAUUGUGAAUGACCUAAAUGUAAUUUGUAACUACUUCACACAGUCAAUAACUUGGGGUGUUUUCAAUCAACCUUCGAAUUAAUGAUAAACAGAAAUCUUAAGAUCUUUUAUAAUAAAAGUGAUUGAUUAUAAAUAAAACCAAUAAUUUCGUGAAUCAAAUGCAAUCAUCCGUGAAUAAAGAAUACUUAUUUGACACAUUCUACAGCGGUUCAAAAUGAAAUUUGAUCCGAUUUACCUUUGAAGUUGAAUAACUAUAUUGUCACUUUGAACCUUUUCCUUCUUAUUCCUUUGUGCCGUAAUUACGAUUACCGAAGCGAGAAAUUCUUGAGACGUUUUUGGUAAUUAAAUGAAACUUAUGAAUAUGCAUUACGCAUGUCCAAAGAUUAAUUAUGGACCAAAUGCAAACAUAAUUUCGACGGUGUUUUCCACAUUUUCUUCGACCUUCUGUGCAAAAGUUAAUCUUCAUAAUUGAACAAUACAUACAUGAAACUCUUGUCAUUAUUCAAUGUCAGUGUGCUUUAUAUUUUUCCAAUAUUUGCGCACAAAUUCCAAUCUAUUUUGCAUUCUGCCACUGACGACGCGACCUUUCAAUUCUGUCGCAUCAUUUUAAAAUGACAAAAAAAAUAAUAACAUACUACCAAAAACCGCAACACAAUUUUUCAUUCUCUCUUAAAUUAAUAAAAGCUCCAAUAUACUAUGAUGAAUUGUUUAUUGUACUCUGACGUUUAAAUACAAAUUACAAAAUAAACUCCGUUAUAAUUUCGACAAAAUGUGCAAUCGAAUUUCGAUAACCUGAACCAUGAUAUACCAGAAAAAAUGAAAUUUUAUCAAGUAAAAAUUACUCAUGAUUAUUAAUAGUUGUGCAUUUUCAAGGGUGAAAAUUAUGUUAUACACAAUUUUAAUCUUAGUUAAAUCAAAAUUACUGAAGAUUUAAGAUUAAGAGCUAUUUAAAAAUAAUUCAACCAAUUCAUCGUGAUGCUAUACCUAUCACAGCCUCUAAAGCAAAGACAAUCGCCAUGGAAGGAUGCAAGAAUGCCAACUACAAUAUCUUGGAGAAAUUAGGCUCGGGUUCGUACGGAACCGUUUAUAAAGCGACAAAUACGAACGGAGAGCUAGUGGCACUCAAAAAUGUAACCAUCGAAGUUGAGGACAAUGGAAUUCCGACUACUGCUCUAAGGGAAAUUGCUCUUUUAAAAAAACUGAGCAUCUUUAACCAUGACAACAUCAUUAAAUUCAUCGACGUCGCCUUUGGCCAAGUGUGUAAUAGAAAAAUAGAACUCUACAUGGUCAUGGAAUACUGCUCGGGUGAUUUAACCUCGUUGAUGAGAGCACAUCCGUCGGGACUGCGGGAGCUAGAAAUUAGAGUUAUCGUCAGGGAAAUUCUACGAGGGUUAAAUGUCCUGCACACCAACAGGAUAAUUCACAGAGACCUGAAGCCCCAGAAUAUUUUGGUGUCAACGACGGGCCAAAUUAAGAUUUCUGACUUCGGACUAGCCGCGAUUUACGAUCAUUCGAUGUCCUUGAGUCACCACGUCGUGUCCCUCUGGUACCGUGCACCGGAGGUUCUGUUGAAUCGCACGUACGAUUCGAAAAUAGACAUUUGGUCGGUUGGGUGCAUAAUUCCCGAAUUGUUUAGUUACAAACCCUUAUUUAAUGGUUCGACGGAGGAGGAGCAAAUCAAUUUGAUAUUAAAAAAAUGUCUGCAUGCGGGAUCGUCAUCUUUAACAUUUAUAGACGUUAAAGAUUUAAACAUACCUAUGGAUGCAAUAUUCCUUGCAAUUAAUUUAUUGAUGAUGUCGGCUGAAUUGAGGAUUUCAGCCGAGCAAGCUCUACAAUUCAGCUUUGUAAAAUUUUAAUAUCAUAGAAUUCGUCUGAAAUCACGAAUUGGAAAUGUAAAAUUAUUGAAAAAUAUGAAAACCUACAAUAAAAAUUGAAAAUAA